AUGGAGACUGUGUGGGGCGCGUUGGUCCUGGCGCAGGUCCCUCUUCUUCGUGGGGUGAAGCCGUGGCUCAGCAACCCCGGUCAGUCGCUCCGUCAGGCAAGUCAGCAUCUCGGUCAACAGCUAUCCCCGCUGUCAUCUCAGCAACCCAGUCAGCAAUCGUUCGAUGGGCCAACGCAGCGACGCAGUCAGGAGAUAGCUCACGUGUCGGAUCCCAGUCUGCAGUUCACCCGCUCGUCUGCUCAGCAAUCCAGUCAACAGUCGUUCUACCUGUCUCAUCAGCAUCCCGGUCAUCAGGCAUUCCCUCAGUCAAAGCAGCAUCCCAGUCGCCAGUUAUUCCACCAGUCAGAGCAACAGCCCAACCAACAGUUAUUCCACCAGUCAGCUCAGCAACCCCGCCCGCAGUCUGUCCGCCGCCAAAUGCCGCGUACCCUACCCCUCGGCCCCGCAGUCGGUCUCCCCCACCCCCUCGGCCCGCCGUCGGUCUCCCCCCACCCCCUCGGCCCACCGUCCUCGCCCCGACCCUUCGCCAACCCGGACGACCACGGGGGAAUCCCCGACGCCAGAGGGGCCUCAUCGAUCUGUGGCUGCUCCCCUGCGGAGUUUACGAUGAUCUACUCGAGCGCACGAGAAACUGAAUCGAUAUAUUACCCAACAUUUCUUCCACCAAGCAAAAUGUCGAGGAAGACCACACGGCAAAAUAAGCUCCCGAUAUCCCAGAAGCCAAACAAACCGCUGUCCGGGUCCACCCUGUCCCCCGACGAGCUGUUCCCGGUCCCCCUGAAAGCCCGACAGCCAGGUCACCCGGAACCCAAUCGAGAGAACCCGUUUAGACAAGGGCAUGGUGUAAUGUCAAGCAUCCUCAUCGGCAUUCCUCUGUGUGACUCAGCACCUACUGCCGCCCAGGACGUGGCUGGUGACUGGACGAGCAUAAACUUCCUGGUCAUCUCAACUAUUUCCAUGCCGUCACACAGAAUAGGAAACGGUAAAGAGCAGCAGACAAGUCUCCCUUGCCUAGCAGCUCGAGCAUCCACCGUAGCAGAGAUCAGCUGA